AUGAAUCUUCCUGAUACUAUUCUAUUGGACAUAUUUUCUUAUAUUCCUCUGCCUGAACGUUGGCUUGUAGCAAGUGUUUGCAAGCAAUGGUAUGGUAUUUGCCAUGAUCCUUAUCUUUACAGACAUGUGCAAUUGGACAACUUGGAGUACAGAACACUUGUACUUGCAUUGCACACACUUGUGGGUGUUGCCUCUCGAAUCAAAUCAAUCACCAUCAGUGGCUGCUAUUCAAGGUUUAUCCAAGACACGAUCGUACCGGUGCAUUUUUCAAAUAGAGCUCACAACACGGGCCCAAUGCUCUUCUCUCAUCUCACUGCCCUUCAACCCUAUCGUCGAAGGGAUGAAUACCUCAAGCAUCAUUUUGAAUUGCAUGAUGAAUUCUCAGACGUCUUUACUCAACUACUCUGCAACAAUGCCACCACGCUUACUAGUCUCACUGUGCAAAAUUGCUCCCUGGAUUUGGAAAUGACUGAGCUGUUCUGCUCCAUUGCUUGCCAUGCCCAUGCAUUGGAGUCAUUCACUUACAAGGACAACCAUGAUAGGGGUAUCCACUCUUCGGGUCUUUUGCAAGCCAUUGUCACGGCCUGCCCUCGUAUGCGACAUUUCCAUGGUUCACAUUCUGGCAUGGACGAUGCCGUUCUGCUCACCAUCUCUCGCCAUUGGGUUUCACUUGAAUCCUUGACUCUAUGCUCACUAAAGUCCCGUGACGUUUUAAGUCAUGCAGAAAUCAUCAGUGAUGGUCGUCAGUUAACAGGAUCAUCACCCACAGGCCGGAUCUCUGGUCAUGCUCUUUGGCAGUUGCUAGAAAAAUGCCAAAAACUUGUGUGCUUGGAGUUGUAUGAUCUAGCCUGUAUUUCCAACCGAGAAUUAGCUGUAUUCAAUACUUUAAAAGCAAUGGCCAUGCAAGAAAAUGAACGACAACAACAGCAACAGACAUCUCAAGGUACAGCAGCAUCAGUCAAGCGAUUUACACCCUAUGCUAUACCCAAAUCCAUCUUUGCCAACAAGAGGUACAACGCAGCCUCACGCGUUAUACCUGGUUCGUCCAUUCGCCAACUGAUCAUUACAAAGUACAUGACCACACCCUUAUCCAAGCCUGGAUUUGAAAGUCUGUUGAAACUGUUUCCAAAACUGAACCGCUUGGAAUAUGAAACCAAUUUUCAUACUUUUGAUAAUAUGUUUGAGGGUAUCACUAGAGAUAUGUUUGAUGCUGAGUGUCUCGCAGUUGAGGAAUGGUGUGAUGAAAGAAAAGGUCAGCUUGAAUACGUUGGACGUUGGCAUACUGAUAUGACAGCUGAGCAGCGUUUGAUGGCUGGCAUGGCCAGUGUUUCUGAAGGCGCAUGA